AUGAGUACAGGCGUUUAUUUGCUAAUUUUGUUAAUAUAUGUUUAUGUAUUUCUAAGUUACCGGAUAUAUAGGCUUAUAAUUAGAAACAAAAGCAUUUCAUCUAUUCCCUCCUCCAAUUUGAAGGGGGAGAAAACUCGAUAUUUUUUGUUUUGUUUUUUGUUUUUUUGCCAUAUAACUCGAAUUUUAUCAAUAACAAUACUGACAUAUUUAGACAUACAAGAUGAUGCAAUAGAUUACAACACAUUAUUAUUAUUCCCCAAUUUUUAUUUUCAUUUUAUUUUACUUAAAACUAUUCCAACAUAUCUUUUUUUAUCAUCCUUUACAAUAAUUAUACUUUUUUGGUCUCAAGUAUAUUAUUCGUCUAUACUUGUAACAUCACAAUAUUUAAAGUCUUACUAUAUAUAUAUAAAUUUCUCAGGAUAUAUAAUAAACUUAUUAUUCGCAAGUAUAGAAUAUUUAUCGAGCUCUUUUAAGAAUUAUAUAUAUUUCAAUUUUAUUUUUGAGUCGUUAGUAGACUAUUUAAUAGCAAUUUCCUUUUUGUAUUAUGGAGUAAAAGUUACUUCAAAGUUAAAGGAAAAAAAUAAAGGGAUAUCUCAAAAAAGCAGAAUUACACAAAGGAUAUUAUCAUUGGCAAUUGUUAUGUUUGUAAUUUUAUCUCUAAAAGGAUUUUAUUCAUUUUGGUGUUUCACAAAUGACGGAGAAUUAUAUAAUUCAUAUUAUGAUGCUCCAACAUAUGAUGCAUUGAUAUACUUUAUUUCGGAAUGCAUUCCAUCCAUUUUCAUAAUUUAUACCUUUCAGUCAAAUAAAGACAAAAAUUCAUUGAGUUUCGAAUAUGCAACUCCGCUUUGUUCUCAAGUGUUCGAUCCAUAUGAUUAUAAAAUGAAGAAAAAAACAAACCACUAA